AUGCAAAUUCGGUCGUGGUGUGCCGUAGGUGCUGCUAUUUUGGCAUCGUAUGUGAAUGCCCAAGUGAAUCCAGCCGCCGCGUCCUUCGCCACUUCGCAGGGGGCUGAUAGUACUGCCGGCAUUGAGGGCGUUACGUCGCAAACGGGUGCAGCCACGCCUGCGCCUGCGUCGACCAGCGCCCCCGUGCCGUCGUCCUCCUCGGCGGCAGCGAACACGAGUAGCGCUGCCACGGCAACAUCGGCGUCCCAGCCCGCUUCGGUUACUCAAGUGGCGGGUAUUGGCAGCGUGGGCAGCACAGGCAAUGAGAGCACAACAGCUGUGCCGUUGGUUACGACCAUUGAUUUGACCCAGAACUCGACAUCGCAAGUGAUGGCCCUUUCUCAGCCUCUGGACCACCUGUACAACAAGACACAGGCCACGUUUGCCCAGCGCUUUGCCGUGUUUACGGAGCCAUACAGGAAUGGUAACGGCAAACGCCAGAAGGAUGCGAACAAUGUGACGCACGUACCUGUGGUUCUCUACCAGCAUGGCCCUGCGCCGAUUGACGAUGUGGUGCCAUCCAUCACCUCGACGGGUCUUUACGAGCUGUGGAACCAACUUGGCGCUGUGGGUAUAGUGCUGGAGCACCGCUACUAUGGUGCAUCGCAGCCGAAGCUGGCCGACCUGAACUCCGCGACGACGUGGGGCCCUGAUGAACUACAAUACCUGGAUGUAAACCAAGCGGUGGAAGAUGUGGCGAACUUUAUUCGUACGAUGAAGCUUACCGGCAUGACGAGCCAGACAGAGAUCCGCUACAUUCUCUAUGGCAACUACUCGCUCGGCGGUACGGCGCUGUUUACACGUCUGAAGCACCCUGAACUGGUUUACGGCUCGCUGGGCAGCUCAGCAGCUUUGCUGGCCACAGUGGAUAUGCCAGAGUACUACUACGCGGUAGGCCGCUACGGCGAAACCAACUGUGUGCAGUCGCUCGAGGAGGCAAUUACAUACAUUGACUCGUUCAUCGCACCCAACCCAACGGCGGGCUCGGGUCAGUCGCAGCUGAACGAUACUGCAGUGCAGGCGCUGAAGACGCUCUUUGGUGUGCAAUCCUUGUCCAGCUUGAAUGACUUUGCGCACUUGCUUACACUGCCGUUGCAUAACUUUGCGCAGCAGGCGAUGGGCGAUGGCAACGCGACGGAGUGGACUAACAUGUGCAAUGCCAUGCAGAACCAGUCGCUAGCGCAGACGGUGCGGACGAAGCAGGUCGGCGUGCUUUCAGCGCUGCCGCCGCCGCCGCCGUCAGUGCUGGGUCUGAGUGACUAUGUGGUCCGCAGCCGUUUGAUGGACAACUGUGAUAUGACCAAGACGAACAACACGCUGUGCUACGAUACCAAUGCUGGCCCUUGGCUCCAGGACCAGGGUGUGCUGCGUCAGGACCGCGCAUGGCUCUUCCAGCAGUGCACGCAGUACGGUGGUUUCCUCACGGCUGGCCCAGUGCCCAGCUUUGCCACACAAACGCCUCAGCCUGGUGGCCCGCGUGUGGUGUCGCGUCGCUUGGACCACAUGUACCUUUCGUCGCCAUGCAGCAAGAUCUUUAGUCAGGGCCAGGACUUUGCCAUGCCGGUGAACCCGAAUGUGGACGCCAUCAACAGCUUUGGCAACGUGACGAUCAAUGCAUUCCAGUUGGCGUUGGUCGACGCCCAAAAGGACCCCCGCCGCGUGUUUACCGGCCACUCGGACGAGUACGCCGGUGGUGGUGGUGCGCGUGUGAACACGCCGGACCAGCCCGCGAUGGUCGUCCCGAACUGCUACGGCGCAUGCGAGUUUGCGCCGUACAACAAUGGCCGCAACGCCGGCCUGAAAAACCUCAUCUCCAAUGAGACUGACUUUAUUACGUCGUGGAUGCAAAAGUAA